ACUGACGAAGUACAGUAAGUAGAUGCUUUGAUUUUUGAAGUAAUAAGAAGCGGUGCAAUAUUUACCGGACAGCAAUUAGCGGCUAUUAAUGCCAUCACGCCUAAAUGCACACGCUUCCUGAAUAAGACGGUCGCCCCCUGCCAGGUUGAGAGAUCGGGACACGCUCUCCUGCCACGCGACUGGCUAAAUAUCCAUUGUUAAACGAUCCUCCUACUUCCAUUGUUCAAAAAGUGGGCGGUAGGCUUGGUCACGGUGAAGAGUAACCGUGUCCGUAGACACGAUCACGGUAGUGAGAACAGAUUAAAAAGCCUAGCUGUACACACGUGAACACACACACACAUAAGCUGUUAUGUUAUCAAGGGUCAAAUAAUUAAGAACGCGGCGCCAACUUAUCAGGAGGUAGACCACUUUUAAAUAGGCCAUCGCGUAACAGUGUUCAGAAGAAGAGAAGUGGAAUAGUCGGUGGUAAAAGUAUGUCUGAUUUCGAUGUAAAAUCCUUCACCAUUCCAGGUCAGUAUUAUCUGGAUGGGGUGCUGCUAGGGAGUUACAAUCCGCCGGAUGGUAUGAAAGCGCUGAGAGAAUUCGAUUUGUUCGAGGAUGACUGCAUAGUUGCAGCGUAUCCCAAAUCAGGUCAAACGUGGACGUUGGAGUUGGUCUACCUAGUCUUACACCACGGGACAGCUUACGAGAGAGAGAAUACAGCACGUGAUAUGCGCACUCCUUGGAUAGAAUGGGGGCCGGUAGAUGAAGAGAGGUUACGAAAUAUCAGCAACAUACCAAGGCCACGUGUUUUCAAAACGCACGCGAUAGCCAAACAUCUUCCAGUGCAACUGCGAGAGAAAAAUGUCAAAAUGGUCUUCGUAUUUCGGAAUCCCAAGGACGUCGCAGUAUCGUAUUAUCACUUUUAUCGUAUGAAUGCUGUUCUUAGUCGCUUUCCAGGCACGUGGUCUCAGUUCUACGAGAUGUUUAUGGCGGGAAAUGUAGCCCAUGGCUCGUGGUUCGAUUACGUGCAAGAGUAUUGGCGGGAAUUUAAGGAUGACAAAAACGUAUUGUUUUUGUACUACGAAGACAUGGUGAAGGAUCAUGCAGGUUCAGUUCGGAAGAUUGCCAACUUCCUCGGUAGAAAUCUUAGAGAUGAUGUAGUUGAGGAUAUUGUCAAGCGCACUUCCUUCAAAACUAUGAAGGAUAAUUUCGCAACCCGUGCUCACAAAAUCCCAUUUUUCGAUGAAAACAUAUCUCCGUUUUUCCGCAAAGGCAACGUGGGUGAUUGGAAAAAUCACUUCACCGUGCGACAAAACGAAGAUUUUGAUAGGGUGUACGCGGAGAAAGUUGCGGAAAGCGGCUUUUGCAUUGACUUUGGGGAAUAAAUGUAUUAAUAUUAUUUAAGCUAUUCUUGUCUGAGGAAAAAAUAUAUUCUGCAUUGUGCAUGCGUGUUUGAAACAACUUUGAAGUGAAGGACAGACCAUUUAGAAAGAAGGACACUUAUCCCCCUGCGCUUCCUGCUCUGAUGAUAUAGUUCAUUGAAAUAUAUUGCUUAUAUACUAGACAAUAUGUUCUGUAAUACUGAAGUAAAUAAUUAUACAUAUUAACCCUCUGGUGGAAAGAUUUUUGAUAAAAUUAAAGUGCUAGUAUUUU